CAGACUAUCGUUGAAUGGUUCAAAUCUCCAAAAAUGGCACCAGUUCUACUCCGUUUGCUUAAGAGCAGCGAACCAACCCUGGAAGCCCUUUUUGAAAUCGUGUUCAGGGAAGCCAUUUUAUCUGAAAACAUCUCUGUGGUGCACACCAUAGCUACAAACUCUAAAAUCAACCUGGACGAAGCAUUGCCCGGCCCUUGGAAGAAAAAAGACUUUAUUUUCCGCCCAUACUGGUGUUGUCUGCCGCUAGAGGCAGCUAUAAUGUUGAAAAGCGUUCCUCUUGUACAGACCUUGCUUGAGGCUGGUGCUAGUGUGGACUCCACCACAGAGAAGGGUUUCACCAUGACCCAUGUUGCCGCCCGAGAUGGAACCAAAGAAAUUCUAGAGAUUUUGUUGGAUACUGGGAAGGGAGACUUGGCCUCCGCCUUUUUGAAGCUUACCGCCGGCGACACUGCACUUACUUACGCCGCAGGUAGCGGGAACGUCCGUAUGGCAGGAAUGCUCUUAGCCGCUGGUGCCGAGGUCAAUGCAUGCGCCGCGAGCGGCGAAACCGCACUCUAUUGUGCAGCACGCAACAGCGACAUCGGCAUGGCAGAUCUACUCUUGCAAUGGGGUGCCGAUCCUGAAGGACUAGAUUAUGAGGGC